GUGUUGUUCGGCUCCAGGUGAAAGAAUGGCCCCGACUGAAAACUUUGUCUCCGAUGUUUGCUUGUUGCUGUGAUACUUUCCGUGUCGGAUUGUCAAACAUGGGGGCCCAGAGUAGGGUUUCGAGGACUUGUAUUUCAGCCGAAGGGCGAUCCUAGGGGUCAAUUAGGCAUUGAUACGCCGGGGUCGGCUUGCCUGGGUUGUUUUGUACAAGUUGGGGUGAAGAGAGCGGGCAACUAGUGUUUGGAAGGCCUGGGUUCGAAUCCCCAAGAUGAGUUUCUCUUUGAAGCCCGAUCCAGAGUUCGAGUUUGGCGUGAACUCUUACGAUGCGUUUAUGAAAAAACACCUGCAACACUACGGUUACUAUACAGGGAGAAAUGAAGGCUACAGGUCCAGCUUCUCGGCCUUCGAGCAGUGGCAGCGGACGCGAGGCUACCGCGGGGGUUACAGCGACCACGAUGCCAUGGAUGUGGACGAGGAGGACGAGUAUGAGAACCACGCUCUCGUCAAGACCGUCAAACGGUCCAACAGCGUAGAUAACCGGCUGUGUGAAGACCUGCUGAGGAAGACAACGCAGAUCGUGUUCCACUACCAGCAUGGGAAGCGUGUUCCCAAGCUGCGGGAGCCACGGAACCUGUACGCACUCACCAAGGAGCUGGGUCCGCAGCAGGCACCCAGGUUUCCCGCCGAGAUGCCGGUUCUGAAGAUGAGAAUGAAGCACAUCGAGUGGACGCCACCCUUCAGGGAACCCUUCUACGUCCAGACCAACCAGGAGAAGACUCCCAUGGUCCGAGGCAUCGAGGGGGAGGGCAGAGUGGUGUACUUCUGUGAGACACUCAGGGAAGCUUAUUUCAUGCGGUCGCGGGUAGGGGGCAGUCGAGGCCCACUGAAGGACAUCACUGUGAAGUUGAAGGAUGAGAAUGACAAAACGCUCAUGUUCGAGUCCAGAUUCGAAAGUGGGAACCUCAUGAAAGCAGUGCAAGUAGGUGAGUUUGACUAUGAGCUGUACCUGAGACAGGACCUGUACACAGACAAACACACACAGUGGUACUACUUCAGGGUACAGAAUGCCAGGAAGGGACACACCUACAGAUUCACUAUAGUCAACUUGUUGAAGGGUGGCAGUCUGUACAACAUGGGUCUGAAGCCCCUCAUGUACAGUGAACACGACGCACAGACCAAGAAGACUGGCUGGUUACGUGUGGGGGACAACAUCAAGUACUACAAGAACAACGUUAGAAUAAACCUGAGAAGUGACAAGUGUUACUACUCGCUCACAUGGACCUGUACCUUCCCAAAUGACAACGACUCCUACUUCUUCUCACACUGUUACCCCUACACCUACUCAGACUUACAGGACUACCUCUUGAAGAUGGCAAAUGACCCAGUCCGGUCUAAAUACUGCAGACAGAGGGUUCUGUGUCGCACACUGGCAGGGAACCUGGUGUAUGUCCUCACCAUCACUAAUCCCUCCAAAAACCCAGAGGAUUCAAAGGUUAAGAAAGCUGUAGUCCUGUCUGCCCGUGUCCACCCUGGGGAGACUAACGCCUCCUGGAUGAUGAAGGGUUUCCUCGACUACCUCAGUGGCAGCUCUGCUGAUGCAAAGCUCCUGCGGGACACGUUUAUCUUCAAGAUCGUGCCCAUGCUGAACCCUGACGGGGUGAUAGUGGGGAACUACCGCUGUUCACUCGCCGGCCGAGACCUGAACCGGAACUACAAGUCUGUCCUGAAGGAGUCCUUCCCCUCCGUCUGGCACACCAAGAUGAUGGUCAGGAGGUUGUGUGAGGAGAGAGAAGUGAUCGUGUACUGUGACCUGCACGGCCACAGCAGGAAACAGAACGUGUUUAUCUACGGCUGUGAGAACAGAUACGACCCUGAGAAGAGACUGAAGGAGAGAGUCUUCCCUCUCAUGAUGCAGAAAAAUGCCGGGGAAAAGUUCUCCUACAAUGGAUGUAAGUUCAAGGUACAGAAGAGUAAGGAGGGGACUGGCAGGAUUGUCAUGUGGCACACAGGCAUCAUGAACGCUUACACCAUGGAGGCGACCUUUGCAGGGUCGACACGAGGUAAGAUGAAGGGGUAUCACUUCAACGCGGCCGACUUCGAGGCCAUGGGCUACCACUUCUGUGACACGCUACUGGACUACUGCGACCCCGACAGGUCAAAGGCUAACCAGGUACUGCAGGAGCUGCAGGACAAACUGCGGCAGGAGAUCCUGCGGCGGAUUGAGAUGUCCGGGAAAGCGCCGCCGGUCGGCGACCCACUGGACAUGGAGGCGGAGUUUGGCUCAGACCUGGAGUCUGACACCAGCGGGUCGGACAGCUCUGUGGAUGAUGGACUGCCGGUACAUCUACUGGCCAUCGCACCCAAGCUCAACAGAAAGAAGAAGCUGCGUUCAAGGAAGGAGAGAAACAAGAACAGGAACAAGGACAUCAAGACAAAACCUACAAAAUCAGAGGAUAACAAGGAACAAAGUGAGGAAAAGAAGAAGCCAAAGCCUCAGAGUGCCGACAAGCAGAGACCAAUCAGAACCCAGCACAGCGACGUCCACUCUGCCAGGAAACGGAGAGACGACCGGAGCAACAACGGCAUCCCGGUGUUCGCUGACGAGAGGGUAGAACUGAGGUCUGCCAGGAAGACUGCUCACACAGAGUGUACCUGCCAGACUAGUGCAAAAAUCCCAUAUGCCAUGAAGCAAGUCUCACAAGUGGACCUUCCUGGGGAGUUACUCAACCAAGUCAUGGUCAUAUCCUUACAGAAGAGCAAGACAGAUUACCUGGAGGCCAUUACCCAGGCUUACCUCAGGAGUGGAGUCAUGUUGUCCAAUGAACAAGCAAAAGAAGUGCCCCAUUUCCGCUAUGCCAGUGGACAGAAGCACCUGAUCGAGGGUCUGUGUCCCCAGCAUGACCAAAACUUUGCUGCUAACUACGUGGCCAACCACCUUAGUGACAACUACUCAGGCAGCCAGCCCCCCUCCCGCACACACCAGCUCAGCUUCAAACUGGUGGAGUCCAUGUCGCUGGACAAACAGACCCUGCAGAGGGGCUGUCAGAGGAAGCUGCAGGAGUACCUUGCCUGGAAGAGGCGCAAUUCCCUCCCCAGCCCUCUCGGGAGCCCCAAACCGAGGGAGAUGUCGGACAAGCCCACGAUAACGAUCAACUCGGUCGGCGUGGUGGUGGAGGCAGGCGUCCCCUUCCAGGUGAUGAGCCGGUCGAGGGAUUCCGAGAUAUCGCUCGCCGCAAGGAGGGCACUCCCGGGGAUUGAGAAGGCCGUUUGUGUGGAGACUGCAAGAUCAGGAGAAGACACAGAAAGACCUGAUUAUGGCAUCGCCAACGAUACAGACUUGUCUGACUUAGAGCUGCCCCAACAAGACCUGGGGGAGGCACGGUUUGGAACGAAGGGGCUCGACCACACGGUGUUAUCCGCUGGACUCAAGCGACUGGUGGCCAAACCAGUACAGUGGAAGAAACCAUCGAGCAGCUACAGAGUCCCUACACCAUACAACGUUUCCCCAACAGCAGUCAAGCAAUCGGUGUUCGGAUUUCCCGGGGAGAGCGCCGUGGAUGAAGGGCCUCCUCUGUGGAAGAACCCGGCAGAUCAUGAUGGAGGGACAGAAGGAAAGUGCCGCAGAGCAGAUGCUUCAGAGGCUGUAUCCCGGGAGGUAAGUAGUAGGGGGAGAGCCAGCCAGUCAAAAUCGGUGAGGAUGACAAAUGCAGUCAUCGCGUUUCCAAGCAGGGAUAUGAGCAGAGAACCAAAAGAACCAGGAAGCGUCAAAGCUGAAAACAAGACAGUGCAAUGCGACAUGAAAGAACAAAACACAGAAGAGACUGUAGAAGACCUAGAGGAGCCGGUGACACUGAAGCAAGCUGUCUUCAUGUUACCCCUGCCAACUGCCAGGACGGAUGAAGACAGGACGUCCCCGUGGUGUGGCGAAGAACCAGUAGAACCUAUGGAGAUAGAGAAGAGACACAAGGAGGAUCCUAACAAGAGACUGAUGUCCCAGAAACACCUGGUGGAGCUGUCAGCUAAGGUACAGAGACAACACGAACAGUCCAUCCAGGCUCAGAGAGACAGGAGAACCCAGCGAGCACAGAGCCCCAUCAAGCAGCACCCCUCCCCGUUUGACGAGGGGCAUUCCAAGGCAGCUUCUAGAAUAGGUUCUUCAAUAGAGAGAGAACCCAAGUCCAGAGUGGGCUCUGCUACAAUAGUCAGUGUGCAAAGCAGAGCGCCCACGGUUCAGUCCAGGGUGAGUUCUGGAGUAACGCGGGUGGCCGAGAGGAUCGGCAGCGCCACCUACAGUAUCCCCAAGGGAUCGCAGGUCUUCACCGGAGCACAGAUCGUACCGCGGGCCAGGAACGCGGAAGAGUCGAGCGACUCCUCAGACACACACAUCAAGUCCUUCAAAGCAGAAAUAGCCAGUAGUCAGCCCCCGCCUAGCGGUGUAGCUCAGUCCCACUAUACUCCCCCCUCCAAGGCCUGGAAGUCUAAGCAGUACACAGUCCCCUCCUCUACUGCCAUCACUGAGGUCACCAGACAGGGCACGCCUGCUGCCUACCCAGCGCGGGCUCCAGACAAGGACCCUGUUACCAUGACGACAGUUCCAGGCUUUGCCUCCAUUCCUGUCAAAAAGGUCGUGCCAAAGGACAUGAAGCCUGAACCCAAGCCGUUACCCACCAAGCCACCUGCACGCCCAGCUGCCAACAGUCCCGACCCAAACUCUGCCCUGGCUAACAUCGGUGACCUCAGGAAGUCUCUUAUAGAACCACCCGACAGGGUCAAGGUGUCACCGGAAAAAUCACAGGACAGACCCAGGAGAGACACGUAUGUUCGUGAGCUGCAUGCCAGACACCCAGACCCUGACAACCCAGCAACCAAUCAGGAAGCAGAGGAGGGAGAAGAAAUAGCCAGGACAGGAGAGAAGUCCCCUGACCUGGACCCCGCCCACCCCAGCCUGGAGUGGCGCCAUCGCGACCCCCGCCACCGCCCCGGCCCCGAGUUCAUCCCCGUUGCCAUGGAGAAGAUCAGCAUGAAGGACCUGGAGAUGGCUCCGAGGAACGCCGCGCCGAGGGAGCGCCCGUCCACGCAGCAAUACGUCCCACAGCAGUACAGUAUGGAGCGGCCGCAGGGACAGCCUCGGGAGGAGAACCCCAAAGUACACAGCUACGGCACGGGAGGGAAGCUGGUCGGGCCUUUCAGUAGAGAAAAGCAGCCGACAGUUUCAGCAAGCAAGCAGCUGACGUCCAGUUUCCAGGACAUCGUGUGUCGGCGGGACCGGGAGGGCGCAGGGGCCGCGGACGACACGGACGAGCCGCAGGAUUCGCGGGAGAACAGCGGCAGCAGCCACGAGGGCAGGAGACAGGAGACCAGCAUAGAGAGGGCCAGCACCGUGCCGGUUAGACAGUCUGAGCCAAAUAUCUACUACGGUCGGCUGGCGUCCCCCUCCCGCACAUGGCGCAUGCCCACCAUGUUUGACCAUCUCCAGCCAGGAAGUUCCCAUCCGUCCAUGGUUUCUCUUUCAAUCGGCCAAAUGCCCCACAGUAGGGGGGAGAAAGAUCACCGCAGCUCCGGCUUCCUGGGGCAGAGGAAACUCUACCCACCCCUCCUCAGGUACAAGCAGUCCAAGAGGAAAUAACACAGGACCUGACACUACACAUGCCCGUAGCCAGGGGGGUUCGGAAGA